GGUCUACCAUGGGCGCUACUCCAUGGCUGUGCAUUGCACCAACGGAGCGCGCGCGCCCGCGCCAAGUUACGCCAGAAAGCACGUGACAAUUUAUUUAUGUCGCAGUUCUUUGAUCUUUGGCGGUAUUGCAACAUUGUCAGUUCUUAUUUAGACCCAGGGAACGACACAUCGGUGCCACAGCACGCCCAUCGUCGACCAGCAGAGUCGCGGAGUCGUCGAUCAGCUAGCUGCCUGCAGGAAAGUGACGGUCCGACGUACAGAGGGUGGCUUACCGUCGUCAUGCAUGUCCCUUUGGUAUACGCCUCGUAAGUUCUUGCCGCGAUUUUCGGGAGUGAUGACUAAAAGGAAUUGCUGACGCAAUGAACGGAGAACUGCACAGCAGUGGUGUCAGCGGCAGUGAUGUCGAAUCGAAAAAAUCGCCGGGCAGCUCCACCCACCUCGGCAUCGAGUUCGAGGACUUGCCGUUCGAGCUUCAGCUACUGGUGUUCUCUUACUUGACUCACUGCGAGCUCACUGUCGUCGCACGCGUGUCUAAUUCGUUCCGCCGGCUCGCGUACGAUCCGUCGCUGUGGAAGCGCGUCGAAGUCGACGGUGACUGCGACGCGUCAAGCUUCGGGUCGCUCCUGGAUCGAGCGCCGCUGCUCGAAGACCUGACCAUGCGUGCUUCGCCGCACGUGCUCGAACUGGCGGCGCGCUCGUUUGCGGUGCGCAGGCUGCGCCUCCUCGACGUUGGUUUCUCGGUGGGUGUGAACUGCGAUGCUGUGUCGGCGCUCGUCGAUGCGUGCACGGAGCUUUCGCACCUCAACGCCGAAGGCUGCAAGGCCAUGGACGACGCGGCCGUGACGGCGUUGUGCCGGCUACCCUACUUCGUGAGCCUCAACAUUUCGCACUGCGGCUUGGUCACUGACGAGGCUAUCGUGGCUUUGGCGCGCGGCUGCCCGCACCUGAGGUUCCUCAAUGCCGACGGCAUUCCCAGGAUAACGGACAGGGCGGUGUGCGAGCUGGGCCAGCGCCUGGGACCCCAACUCAUCUCGUUGGAGCUGGAUGGGGAGGAGUUGACGGAUGCUUCGUUUGAGGCUUUGCGCGUCUGCAAACGGCUACGCACCUUGGGUGUUAGCUAUGCUGAGAACCUCUCGGACGCCAGCCUUGCCUGCAUCCAGGGCCUACACGAGCUCCGUCAGCUGAAGCUUCGACGGGGGCCACGGCUGACAGCGCGUGCGCUUGGCCGCAUGUUUGAGCACCAGAACCUGGCAAAUCUCAUCCGCCUCGAGCUGGACAGUCUGGCGCUGGACGACGAGGCACUCGCCCUUCUUGUCCGAGGGUGCCCGAAACUGCACACACUCGAGCUUCCUUGGUGCUGGGACAUCACCGAGAAUGGCCUGGCGACCAUCGUGGCCAACUGCCAGAACCUGGUGAACCUGGUUCUGCUAGGCCUGUUCAAGAUCCAUGGCUUCUGCCUGGCAGAGCUGCCGGCACGCAUGCCCCGGCUACGGUACAUCCACCUGGAACAGUGCAACGAGGUGGUGGAUUUAUUAUUGGAGUCACUGGCACGGCGGCUCCCACAACUCAAGGUGUACAACUACUAUGGAGAGUUGGUGGUCCCCUUUGAGCACUCACCGUCGCAGUCCUCGGCAGGAUCGUCGCCGUGUGUGGAACGGCAUGCUGGUCUCUCCUCGCCUAUAGAAAACCAGCAGUCUCAAAGUAAAGACAGCUGUGUUUCCAGUUGUUGGCAGUAACACGCACUCUCAGACAUGUAAAAGGCUACAUAGGGCAGUAAUGAUGACUUAUCAUAUUAUAAUAUGAACUGAUGAGAAGCCUUAUCACCACUUCUGCCCUUCUGGCCCCAUUUCCAACCGGGCUCCUGACUGGUUGGCAUCCCUACGUUUCUUUUAUCUCUGUCUCUCUCUGGCCCCAUCUCUUGGUACAAACCACAGUGUCAGAAUUAGCUUUAGGCAGGCUGACGAUGCGUUGGAAGCAGUGCAUAUUCGGGAACACCUUCCUUUCUUGCUGAAAGGUGGUGGCACAUCGGUCGGGGCUCGCCUGGCUAUGCCCAGGGGCUUAUGCGAUCCGGUUCUUGAGCAUGUUUAAAGCGAUUGAAAUGGCCUGUGAAGAAAGUGUGGUUGUGUUAUAUCAUGCGCCUAAGAUCAAUUCGUUGAAGUGUUUUAUGCAUAAGGGUUCAGCAUGCAGCAUCAAAAAAGUUAGUGAUGUUACGCUUCGUGAAUGCGGGUUACACACAAGCAUACGCUUGCGUGAACCCUGCAAACAUGCACAGCGAGCACCGCGGCGUCGAAGCACCAACAAAAAGGGCCUUCGUCCUCCAGUGCUCUCUUCCCUCACGGUGAUAAACAUAGUAAUUUCACCGAUUUCACAGACGGGGCAUCUACACUUGCGCGUAAAAGCUCGUGGUCACCACACUUGGCCUUGGUGAUGCGCUUAUCUGGGUAACGGACGGGCAGCCGAGCACAUGGUCGCAUUCUGUUCACACUAGUAUAUCUAUGCAUGUGCUGGGUGUAUUGUAUUUACUCUUCCUCUGUUCUUGCAAGAUCACUUCUAUGUAUUUUAUGGUCAGCAUUGUAUAAAGAGCGAACAUGUGCCACUGAUGCAUAAUGUGCGGGAUAUACUUCCACUCCAUAAUAAAAAAAAACAGGUAUUUGCGUGAAACUGAUGCACGUUUUGUGCAGCAGCAAAGAUAGCAUGCACAGAAACAUUUGAAAUGUGUACAUCGACCACCUAUGAUAAGUCCCCAAAUUAAAGCUUCAACAUUUAUCAGAAGGUAGCACAGGUGUCAUAUUGUGUUUACAUUGACUUUGCAGCCGAGGUCAACUGACCGAACAGAAUGUCUGCCAUGCACUGCUAAUAUAUUUGCUAAUCCGGUGCACAUCCGCGGGAAGCAGAGUGCUUUGCAACCUGCUCAUGCACCUGAGUUAAGGGAAAAUGCAGUCAAGUGGGUGACAGCUUGCGACGGACGGCUGUGAAACUGUUCUCUGAAGCAGGUGAUGUGCUUCUGUGUGUUUAAUUAAAUGAAUAGCAACAAAUGCAUAAUGAUACAUUGACAUCUUUUUUUCACAGCAUUCACGUCACCUAUGCAACUUACAUUUUUGCCUAUAACGAGUAGUUAUAGCUCGAGGAUUAAUUACACCGCUAUCUCCCCUGUGGAAAACUAUAUUGUAUGGGUAUGCCAAAUUGCAACUAUCCACAAGCCAUCCAAGCAUGAGUUCCGCAUGAUCAGCAGGUGCCUGCUUGGUGGACGGAACUGAACGUGUGCACCUCUGUUUUGUGGGAAGACCGAUGACAGUCUGCCCCCUUCCUUUUGGCCUUCCACUGUGCUUCAAUGUUGCUGGUAACUUGAUGUGGCCAAGAUAGUCUACAGAACCUAGAAUCAUGAAACAGUUCAUCAAUAUCAAUAAAAAGCUUCACAACAGUGAAAUAUUUUCUAGCAAGGAAGCAUAACUUACUCAUAUGUUUCUAAGUUUCUAAAGUAAUAGCAGCAGAACGUGCAUUUGAGAACAUGCUUAAGUUUCAUCACGUGUUGACCACCCAAAUAAAGUAGCCAUCCCUUUGUGCCGCA